CACACGUACACAAGCCCCAGGACAACAUCCACGGCAUUACGUAGAUAGAUAACAAUCAUUAUAUAUUAUUAUACAGCAUCACACUUCUUUCUCUCUUCGUGUAUUUUAUCUACAGUGUAUUUCUGACUCAAUACUGUGAUCAGCUCCUUUUCUGGUCUGCUGUAAGACGUGAAUUCAGACGUGAGUAGACGUGCAAUAGCGCGGACUUCAUUCAUUCUGAGUGGAGAAAUGAAUCAAAGCUUGACUCGUCUGAACCAAGCGAAUCAAAUGUAUUCCAUAUCAACGGGUUUGUUUGUUUUUUUAAGAAUCGAUUCCGAAAAAUCGACUCAGAACGAAUCUAGACUCUGGGAAGUACCAUCUGCUCUCCGAACCCCUUUCUUCAUGUUGGACAAAACCCUGGACUCCCCCGUGUUUAAGGGCGACUUGAUUCAGUCCAAUCCAGAACACCAUGGCGAUUGAUGGUGGGGAGCGGAGCUGUGGAGUGCAUGAACUCAUCUGCAUCAGAAAAGUGUCUCCUGAGGCUCUGGGUUUCCUCUCUGGUGUCGCUGUAUUUGUUUUUCUUCUGAUUCUUGUGUUCCUGUUCCUCAAUAAUAAACUUUCCAUAGAGAGCGUCGCUCCUCAGCCGCUGGACCACUACAGUAAGGCCAAAGAGCUGCCAGAUAAGGGCUAUGGAGAGGCAGAUUUUCAGACCUGGUCAUCAGACAGUGAUGACGAGGUGAUGGGUCAGUAUCAGGAGGCCAUGACACGCUCACGGGGUCUCCGAGGCAGGUGUACAGGGGCUGCAGCCCCUCAUCAUAAAGGCUUCAGCUGGGAGACGCAGCACAAAUACUGCCCCCUAUCAGCCGAGUACGAUGGAUACAGCAGUGAGGCUUCUGCUGAGGAUGUGAACUCCAUUCAGAGGAUGAGGUUGACUCCGCCUCUCGAUGAGCUCCAGCCACCACCCUAUCAGGACGAAGACGGCUCGACCUCCGACCUCGCCGACACAAAGAGCGAAGCACACGACCCUGAGAGCUUCAGCAACACCAAGGGCCUGGAGGAGGACGUCCCAAGUGACAGCACAGCUGUACUCAGCCCUGAGGAUCUGUCCAUCCGUGGUUCCUCCUCUCCCCUCCUGAAGCUUUACUCUCCCGACUCGCCCUUCUCUCCGUUCGGGACGCUGCACACCCUCUUAGACUAUGAUUUGCACCAGCGCUGCCUCUCAGUCACCGUAACCGCGGUGACCGACCUCCCGUCUCCACGACGAUCACCAGGCAUCACCUGGCAGCUUCACCUGGUCCUUCUUCCUGCCAAAAAGCAACGUGCCAAGACUGCGGUGGCCAGGGGGCGGUGCCUCAGCGAGACGUUCCGCUUCAGCCACGUUCAGUCGGAGAGCAUCGGGAACUACAGCGUGCGGUUUCGUCUCUACAGCAUCAGCAAGAUCAAGAAGGAGAAGAAGAUGCUGGGAGAGAAAGUGUUCUACCUCACCAAACUCAACCUGCAAGGCAAAAUGGCCGUCCCUCUGCCUCUGGAACCCUGCUGCAGUACCACAGCCAGCGAGUCUCAGACCAGCGUGUCUGCUGCAUCAUGCAGUGAGACGGCGUCUACGUUCCAAUCUGCAGGUCAAAGGUCAUCGCCUGAGAUACUGCUAGGGCUUGUUUACAACGCCACCACAGGCCGCCUCUCAGUCGAGGUCAUCAAGGGAUGUCACUUUAAAAACGUGGCCACCAACAAACCGCCCAAUGGACUGUUCUGUUGUCUAAAACACUUGAUAGGUGGCCAGGUUUAUAUAAUUCGAGACACGUACGUGAAGCUGACCCUGCUGAACUCCAUGGGUCAGGAGAUGUCCAAGUGUAAGACGUCGCUGUGCCGCGGCCAGCCGAACCCCACCUACAGGGAGACCUUCGUGUUCCAGGUGGCGCUGUUCCAGCUGUCGGACGUCACGCUCAUCCUCUCCGUCUACAACAAACGCAGUAUCAAGCGCAAAGAGAUGAUCGGGUGGAUCUCUCUGGGCCUGAACAGCUCCGGCGAGGACGAGCUCACGCACUGGACUCAGAUGAAGGAGUCAAAAGGGCAGCAGGUGUGUCGAUGGCACAGUCUGCUCGAGUCUUAGGGGCGUCACCACGGCCAUGAGCACAAGGAACGAAGUAAUGAAAAGAAAACUCACAAAGCAGGGCAUUAUGGGAAAUAACUCACCGUCCAAUAAAGAACAGGUGUGACACCAGCCACGCCUCUGUACAUGGUUGGAAUGUGAGGAUGAAGAAGGUGGAAGUGAAGAAAGAGUUGGAGAGUGAAAGACAUUCUGGAGACAGGAUAUCAUGAGGGAAAGAUGGAGCUCGCUAGAGCAGUGCAUUGUGGGAAAUAUCUGUAACAGCCUUAGGAACGUAAAGAAGAUCGGAGCAACGAAAGAUAUAAAAAUCCAUCAAGUAGAAAAAAAAAAGUAUAUAAUGAGGAAGAGGAGGAGGAAGAGGAUGAAGGAAUCAACUGAGCAGAGCAUCAUGGGAAGCGAUCGAAUGUUUUAGGGAUUCGUUUCUGAUUCGAGCAAAACCGCUUUAAACCCACAGCACGUCAUGAGAACGAUGGAAAGAUGCUAAGCUUUAAUAGAGAAGAUGGAUUUCUCCGUGUUUAUUUAUUUAUUUGUUUUGGUUUGUUUAUUUAUUCUUUGUUCUUUGUUUAUUUAUUCUUUCUAUCCUGGUUGUUGUUCAUGUCUUUGGUUCAGAAGCCAGACGUCUGAACACAGACAUUUAGAACGAACAACCGUUAAUGUUCUGCUCCACACCUGGUGCCGCUUAGCCACGCCCACUCUAGUCUGCUAGCCUGAAGUUAUUGCCCCUUAAUGCCCUUUGACUCUGAGCAGGCAGUGAUUCCGUUCUAGAUUUUUUUUUUUCUUCAGUUUAAGGACCUGUUUUCACCUCAGAAGUUUGCAGCCCACAUUUCCCCAUUCUCACAGUCUCGUCUUUCUUAUCUCUAAUGAGGGUUUCCAUAUUGUUUACGCACAUUGCGCGAUGGCCAAUUAAACAUCAUCCCCUUCAUAAAGACUUUGCCCGAUUGGUUAAACAACGUUCGUUGGUCUACAGUUGAGCUUCGAUGAACUUUUAACCUGCUGCACAGAAUUUACAACGAGACCAAUUUCACCAGUGUAGCUUCAAGUCCUCCGGUGUCGUAAAGUACGAUUAGCGCCGCUCUCGCGGUUAGUUAGCAUUAACGCAAUGUGUCGCACGUACAGCAAAACCAUCUAAAACCAAGUUUGAAAGGAUCAGUCAGGGCAUGUUGUGGCUUGCCAGCUAGUGCGUCCCACUUUCUCACCACACCGCCGUUCUUUCGUUCUCUAAUAUUAUAUUUCUUCUGAAAAUGAUUUCUCGAAUGCUAAAUACGUCCUAGGUGAGGUUUACUCACGAGCUGGAACUAAAACAAAAAACACUAACUUUACAGAACAAAAAGUCUGUCAUCUUUUUCUAAAAGUCUGUCACGUGAGAAAAUGCAGGACCCGAAUGUUUCAGUGAUUAGCAUGUUAGCAUAUAGGUAUUUAUACAUCACACCAUUUCCUGUUUUUUCUUCCUUGAGUAAUGCUGGUUUAACUUCAUGAUUAUGUACUGUAAAUGCUUUAAAGAGUUUUUCGUAUCUAUUUUUGUACCGAUGUUUAAGAAUAUGUGCUACAAAGCUCUGUGAGCGAACUCGACUUGUAGACACGGGGUCUGCUUGUGCAGAUGUACUUUUAUUUCGCUUGUUUUUUCUGUCAUCAUAGUAACAUGAAUGAAUUAUGGGAUUAUUUCCCAGUUUGAUGACUGGAAUGACUGGAGUUUAAGAGGGAAACAAAAACGUGUGUAUGUGUGUGUGUGUGUGUGUGUGUGUGUGUAGUGUUCUGUUUCUGUCUGUUCUGUCCUGUGAGCCGUGCUGACUUCAGCAUCUCCACAAAAGAUUAAUGACAUUAUUUGUGUGUUUUGGUUUAAAAAACAAAAGUAAGAAAUAUUGCUACAGAUCUCUGAUGAAAGAAGCAAAUUUUUCUGCAAAUGCCACAGAAACACACCUUGUGAAAGUGUCUCAGGUGCGCGCACACACACACACACACACACACACACACACACACACACACACACACACACACACACCAUAUAUAUGUAUAUAUCUGACUUGUAAAAACAUAACCAGUUGACCAUCAUGAAAUCAUUUUUAAUGUGUUAGCAGUCUUUAGCUAAGCUAGCGGGUUUUUGCGGCCGAUCUUAGCCAGCUAACACAAAAGGUUUAUACCUGACUGACCGUGUUACUGUUAGCCAUCUAGCUAACAUGAACAUACCAGACAUUAUUUCUUUAAAGUUUUUUUUUUUACUUCACUCAUUUACAUUUACGGCAUUUGGCAGACGCUUUUAUACAGAGCGACUUACAUUUAUCUCGUUUAUACAGCUGAGCAAUUGAGGGUUAAGGGCCUUGCUCAGGGGCCCAGGAGUGACAGCUUGGUGGCCCUGGGAUUUGAACUCACCACCUUCCAACACCUUAACCUCUAAGCUUCACCGACACUGAACACAUGAGCUAGCGUUAGCUAACCGAACAGGAUUUGUGACGUGAAGAAAGAAAGAUAUACUUAAAUAACUGAUUAGCGUCUCAUGCGGUUAGUGGAGACCGAUGUAGUAAAAAGUGUUUAUUUUAAAAUGCAGAUGGACAGAAAUCCGGACCACGAGUCAGUGUGAAGACCAGAACCAGCUAGCAGAAGAAGCUUACAUUAACCUGACUGAAGGUUCAUUUUCUUCUUAUCAGUCUGAGAGCAAAUUAUUCUUACUGUUAGCAUUAGGCAGUUAAGCUAACACAAGCUAACAUGACAGGAUUUUACUUUAGUCACAUUCAUUAAUGCUUAUAAUGAUUAAUGCUAAUGCUAAUUGGUGGCUAACAAAAGGUCCCCGAACGGAAAUGACGUCGAGUCUGUUUAAUGUUUUAUAAAAUACGAAUGAGGUGAUUUGUCUGUAUAUGGAGCUUACUGUAUGUAGCGGCUCAGCUAAUCUAUGUUAAAUGUGAAUUAUCCUGUUAGUAAUUACUGAACGGGUUACAACAGGAUUGGUUUGCUAGCGCUUUGUUAUUUUUUUGUUUUCCUUUUAGAGCUCAAUUACAAACAAACAAUUCUGUUUAAAAUCUGUGUUCUUUAGCUCACGGUCUGCACUCGGCCUUCCUUCAGUCCGUCACUGGAACUUUCACAGGAAGUGAAGAGGACGUUUCUCACAACCAGCCUGUACAUCUGGGGAAAACGUACAUGUUUUUGACCAACACGUGUUUAGGACCUACAAAACACCAGCAAAAAAAAUGCAACUGUAAAAAUGUAUUUUUAAAGCGAGCACAUAAAAGUCCACAGCGUUCAGGAUCUGAGGCCAUAUUUAAUUUCUCCAACUACUUUCCCAAGGUGUGUUUAUGUGUGUGUGUGUGUGUGUGUGUGUGUGUGAGGUAUGUGCUGAUAAAUACAAUUUAACACUAUUCUUAAUGCACAAUGAGCGUCAUUGAUUAACUUGUCAGUAAAUUUGUUUGUAAAUGUUUUUCGUGCCCAAAGCAAAUGAAAAAGUCCUUCAGAUUUUAAACGAUUCUGAGACUCGUAUUUUCUUCGUGGUCAUGAAGGCGUGUUAAAUUCCAGCUCGAUUACAGGGCGCGUUCAUGACACACCUGAGUUACAUUACCUAUAUGUCCCUUUACGUUCCCUUUACGUUCCCUGCAAACCAAAAACCGCCAUCGCUGAGGCCGCGUGGUUACUAUGGAAACCCAGAGGCAGCUUUGGAAGUCACCAUUUUUCGGCUCCUGAAAAGAGACAUGUUAAAACACGGCAGACUGAAACACGAGAGUGACGAUGUCCUCAAACGUGGUAAAAGAAAAACGUGUGAAGAAUAGUGGAGAAUCAGCACAUGCCUGUUUACAGCUACGUGUCAUUUUGGUGAAAUUGUCCACCGAUGCAGUCGGUGCCUUACUUUUCUUCUGGAAGAUUUUCCACUCCUACAGCGGUGUGUGUGUAUGAGUGUGUGUGUGUGCAUGAGAGUGUGUGUGUGUGCAUGAGAGUGUGUGUGUGUGCAUGA